AUGUUCAACAAGUCCACUCUUUUGAUCAUCAUCGGUGCUGCCUUCGCAGUUGCUAUUCCCACCGGGUCCAUCCCCAAGGGUCCUAGUACCCUAGAUAACGUCCGCGUUCUCGACAACAGUGUCAGCAUCCCCGGCGUCUCUGACGUCAAAACACCAUCCACAAACUACGUUGGCAUCGCUGAUGUAGACAAGGAGGUAUCCAAUCUUUCCCUCCAGCUUCCCCAAGUAGAGAAGGAGAAGGCGCCCACAGUUCCUAAGGACACUAGCAGCGCCCCUGUCCCUCUGGAUGAGUCUCUUACCACAGACGAACUCCCCAAGGUUGAUGCAUCCACUAUCCAAUCACCAUCGCUGCCGAGUCAGGGCAACGACAAGUCGGAGAAGACACCUGAUGCCUCCACACUCACGCCCCCCAGUGGUUCAGCGUCCAUUGCCUGGUAUGCUCGGACUCUGCCCAACAACACAACGCCCCAAAACCCCGAUGCAUCUCACAUGCAGUCUGCGGUCGGGGAAGUUAGCAAGGUAGUCAUGAUUAAAGGUAAUUUGCCGCGAGAACGUCACAUUCCAGGCGUUCACAUGCUUUCCUUGCCCUCCACACCCGAGCUCACUCAGUCUUCACCCCCCAAAGAAUCGAGUUCGCCUGCAACCGAUGCCGCCAAGGCUCAGAAGAGGGCCUCGUCUCCCAACGUCAAGCCAUCAUCGCUGGCGCGCCGCGCCGAGUCGUGUAACUCUGACUACACCUUGACCUACUGCAAGAUGGUCUUGCAGUCGGAUGACAGUCGCACUCCGAAGCUGCUCCAGUACCUAAGUGUGGACACCUCUGCCACUGGCCCAGUGGGCUUGUCCUGCUCGGAUACACAGACGACUGACUACGUCUACCCUCUUUGCACCAAAAUGAUGACGGAAGUGACGGAUCUGGGGACUGUGGCCCUUGACACUGUUGAGGCCGUUUACACCGCUGUUUCCAGUGUCGUUACCGUUGCCUAA